AUGAGGAAACGGUCAAGUUCAAAAGGAGACGUGCAGCGAAGGGAAGGUUCCACAGGUCUGUUCGCAGCCCCUUGGUUUUCCGUUUUCUUAGGUUCGCGUUGCCCAGCGAUCAUCAAAGAGAAAAUCAAGGAAGCCCAAGCCAGCAAGGAUCAAUAUGAGUUCGACAAGCUCUACGAUCAGUUUGUGCAAUGUGGUGAAGACUGGCUAAAGUCUGACCUUGUGAUCAGCACCACCUCCACCAGAGAACAUGCCCGCACAGGUUUGUGGAAAACCAUGAGCAAAGCAGAUCUGAUGGAAAAGUACAACGAUGCCACUCUGGUUGAUGAUCUCGUGGCGCGCAAGACCGAAGCAGGGUUGUGGGUGUCCAACCCAGAUUUUCCAAACAACCAGGACGCACCAUGUAGCAUAUUGUUUUUGCUUCCAGUUUUCAUGGGAACAUACACAACUAUAAAUCCAUUAUUAGCAUCCCGCAAAUGGACUGGCAGGACUUGA